AAGUAGUCGUGGGACGAAUAAUCAAAAUUAUGGCUAUAAUAGACUUGUAUUUAUAUCGUCCUGAAAUGAAGACAACACCACAACUGUUUUGUCAUAAUUGUGAAAAUCCUUUACAUCAUAGUGAAUUACUUUCCAAUCCCAGAUGGAAAAAGUCAAGUCCAAUCAGAGUGUUAUCAGAAUACCUUUCUAGUGGUAACAGAGAGAGGAUAAAAAAUUCUAACAAGUGUAACAACCUUGAUAAUUGUUAUCAUCAUUACCACCGUUAUCAAUACCAUCAAUUUCAUAAUCAUGAUCAUCGAAAUGACAAUAUUAAUGAUAUUAAUCUGAAGCAUACAGAAAGGAUGCAUUCGAAUCAUCGAUCGGUAUUAGUGAAUUCAAAUGAAUCCUCCUUUCAACCCGUGGAUUUACUUACAAUUCAUCCUGAAAACAAAAACUUUGAGUUAAUGAAAAUCAAGCGUAUUUAUGGAUUAAUCGAUUACAUGCUGAUGAGUAAUCAUAUUUGCUGUAAACACUUUGAAUCUGUACAAAAAUUCAUGAAUCAACUGCAAGCCAUUGUUAAGCCUACUGAGAAAGACGUUGACAAUAAACUGAGGAAUUUAAUGAAUCUUAGUAUGCAUAAGUUUUCAGAAAAAGUCGUUGCCAAAGGAUUGAAACACUUAAGAAAUAUAUGUAAGUGUCCAGAGUGUAAUAAAAAUUCUCAACUGGGAUCGGAAAUCAAUGAGUUCACUGGUGAAACAUCCUAUCAAUACAAUAAUCAUAAUCAUAAUUCAGUCAAAUUCAGGAAAUCUGAACCACAAAAUUCUAAAUCAACAAAAAACAAAAUAAAACAUCCUUUGGACUACAGAACAACCAGUUUCUGGACUAGUUGUUUGUCUAACACUGAAGUAAGUGAUCAAGAGCUAGACAGAGUCGACAGAUCGACUUCACGUUCAGUGUGUUCACCCUCUAAUUGCACACUCCUACCAUCAUCAUCUUCGUUAGCAUCCUAUGCAUAUACUUCAUCGUCAUCUGUCUCUUCAUCUUCUUGCUCCUCUUCAUCACUAUCACUAUCACCAACUUCGUCACCAGUCACAUAUUCAACCUGUGUAUCAGCAUCUAGUACUUCAUUAAAAGAGAAUGAAGAAAAUGAAAUUCUUACACCAGAUUUAAUUUGUAACUGUCAAAAAACUCAUGAAACCGGCAAAUUUAUGAAAUUGGGCAAAUUACUUAAGGAGCGUAAGCAGACAAGUGCCAAAAACGCUGAGGAUGUAUGCGAGCCGCGUGAUGGCUUGGUGGUGAAAUGCAUUGCAGAACAUGGAGCUACAUCGUGCUUUUCUGAGAACAAAUUUCAAUCAGCAAAUACCUCACACAAGUGCUGUUCACAACAAUAUUUGGAGAGGAGUAAGAAAAAUGAAUUGAAAUGCAGUAAAACCACUUUGGAUGAAAUUUAUCCUUUUUCGGUGUCAAGGCGACCAAGUGUACGAGAUAUUUUAAGUCAACAAAACAAAGUUUCUGACUAUUACCAAACUCAUCAGGAUCUUUCUCAUAGUAGAAAAAAGGAACAGAAGCAAAUGAAACAACAACAACACGACUAUAGUGAAGAGCAUCGUACUCCUCAUCAAAAGCAUCCAAGAUAUCCUCUGAAUCUGUUUAGUGAAUCUCUUAGACACAAUGCCACUAAUAACAUUCCUGAAAAAACAAAGACCAACUCCUACAUAUCCAAUGGCUAUGCUCGUUGUCUUCAAGCAAAUCCCUGCACAAGUGGUACAGAUUAUUUAUUCUAUGAAAAUAAUUUAAACAUGGGUGUUGUACCGCCGCCGAAUUUAAACCCAUUCACAUCAUGAAGUAUAAUCAGACUGUAUGCAUACUGAUUAUCUUGAAUACAGUAACUACAUACUAGUAAAUUAUCUUGUUAGAAAUUCUUGUUAUUUUCUACCAUUAUUCCUCAUGAUUUACAUACUACUUACUAGUAGUUUUCUCUGAAAAAGUCAAUUUGUAUAAUAAUCAUGUUAUCAAUACAUAUGCCAUUAUUGAUUAAUGUAAAAUAAUUCUGUGGAUUAUAAUAUAUACCUUUAGAUUAACGAGGACAACACUGGUGACCAUUGAAUAUUGAACAUCUACUUUUCGAUGUUCCAUUUUGAUUAGUUUAUUAGUACGUUGUCGCGUGUUUUUCACUCCCUAUGAUUGUUUUAAUUAUUCGUCGUCCUCCUAUUUUUC